UUCAAAUCUUUUCCCAAGUUCCCUAUCGCAUUUCGUGAGCCAACACUGGUCGACUAGGCAAUGAAGUUGUGGCUUCGUUCUGCAGCUUGCAUAACAGGAAUUCUUAUUGGCAUAUUUAUUACCUUUAAACUAGUUCGUUCGAAGAGAAAGAGAACCAGAAAGGUGCCUCCAGGAACAGUUAUCCUGCAUCAGUUCAAACGUCCUUAUCUCGGCGUUCCUAGCGUGUCACCGCCAUGUUUGAAGUUAGAAACCUACCUUCGUAUGGCAAAGUUUCACUAUGAGUGUGACUAUGUUCCCAAAAUGUCGAGCAAAGGCAAGAUGCCUUGGAUAGAAUACAAUGGGCAAGAUAUUGCAGACUCAAACUUCUGUAUUGAAUUUCUUAUCAAGGAAAAUGGCCCUGGCUUUGGAAUAGAUGUUGAUAGCCACCUAAGCGACGAGCAGAAAGCCAUUGCAAGAGCUGUACUAGUCAUGCUGGAAGAAAAUACUUUCCGGACUUGGUCAUACUUUCUGUUUUUAGGUGAGGGCAACGAAAUACCGAAAAAAGUUUUCUUGGAAAAUUUCAGCUUUCCUUUGAGGUACUUGUUAUUUCGAUUUGGGUUUCAAAGAAAUGCCAGACGAAAUCUCCAUGGUCACGGGAUCGGGCGUCAUUUUCCUAAAGAGGUCUAUGGGAUAGCUGAGAAAGAUCUGAGAGCUGUUUCUACCAUUCUUGGAGAGAAGAAGUUUUUGUUUGGAGACAAAGCCUGCCUUGCUGAUGCCUAUCUAUUUGCACUUGUGAGCAACUUCAUCUUCGUGAAGCCAGUUUCUCCACAGGGAAAAGUGAUUUUGACGCAACUGAAGAAUCUUGAAGCUCAUACAAAUCGUAUGAAAGAGGCUUAUUACCCUGACUGGGAUGAAGUUGCCUUGGGGUAAAAGUUUGAAUAUUAAUUCUAGGAGUGCUUCUUGAUUUUUGAAACUAUAUUUAAGAAAUAUAAAACGGCGCGCGUGUCUCUGUCCUCUGAUAUAAACACGGUGGGAGUUCGA